AUGUUUUCCAUUCGACAUAUGUUGGCUUUUUUUCUGAUGAUGAUCUAUACACAAACAAUGUACUACAUGAUUAUUGCUCAACAAAUUGAUAAUAAUAAUCUUGUUUCAUCAACGACGACAACGACAACAACCGAAUCAAUUUUAUCUACAAAUAAAUCAAUAUCAAUUCGAUGUGGUACAUAUCAAAAAAUUACCGGAUCAAUUCAUAAUCAACAAGUACAACAACAACAACAACCAUCAUCAUCACCAAGAAGACAACCACGUAUAAUUGGUGGUCAAGAUGCAUUGAUUGAAGAAUUUCCAUGGCAUGGUUCGUUGCAAAAACUUCGUCUUUUAUUUCCAUUACCAAUACCAGAUUGGCGUCAUAUUUGUGGUGCAUCGAUUAUCAAUGAAAAUUAUCUAAUAACCGCUGCACAUUGUGUUGAUGGAUUAAUCAAUUCAUGGUGGCCAGGACAAUUACGUGUUGUACUCGGUACAGAUAGAUGGCGUUACACAUUGUUUCAACAAAAUAUUCAAAUGAUACCUGUUGCUAAAAUCAUUAUACAUCCAGAAUGGAAUUCACGUCGUGCACAGAAUGAUAUUGCAUUGAUACGAACAACAAAACCAAUUGUUUUCAAUCAACGUGUACAGCCAAUUUGUUUGCCUGAAUCAAAGAAUUAUGAAUUACAUGGUGGACAAACCGUUACGGUUGCCGGUUAUGGUUAUACAACGGACAAUCUGGUUUUUAAUUUUCUACCCGAUCGUUUGAAAGCUGUUCGCGUACCGAUUGUACGUAUGGAUAAUUGUCGUCAAACAUAUAAUGUUUCACGAAUACCAAUAACGGAUCGUAUGAUUUGUGCCGGUGUCACUACAUAUGGUAGAUGUUCGGGUGCAAUGAGAGGUGAUUCUGGAUCAGCAUUAAUUACCUAUACUAAUGAUAAUAAUGAUCAUGAUGAUGAUGAUCGACGUGCAAUACAUACUGGUAUUGUUUCAUUUUCACUUCCAUGCCGUAUGUUUGGUGCACCGGAUGUUUAUACACGAACAUCAUCAUAUAUUGAUUGGAUCAAUAAUGUUAUCAAUGAUAAUAAUAAUGGUAAAAAAAUGAUUUAGGAAUUUGUGGCUCC